AUGGACGUGGUAUCAAAAUAUCCAAAGGUGCUCUCUGCGUCGAGGCAUAAAUAUCGCCAUCUUUCCCCCGAGAAUGCGGAAGAGAUAUCAUCAGCAAAGCAGACAACUCCAUCAAGCUUUACCUUGCCAAACAAACUGCUUUGUCAGUCAGGAACUCGAUCCGCCAUCGGGUCCAUAGAAGCAACACUUGAAACACCGAGAAAACAACAAGAAAAAGAGCUGAAGACUGAUGAACAGUGUUUCAAAGUCACCAUGUGCUUCUACAGCCAGAAGAGAUUCCUCUGCGGUGAUUGGGCCUGGGGCAGCUUUGCUGCCAAGUGCAACCACGAAUAUCGAAUGGGCGAAACCUGCGGCAUGAAACUCGUCCACAAUACCGAGAACAUCCAAGCCAUCUGCAAGCUUUGCGAGAAGAUCCAAACUAAGCACCGCCGACGCAACACGGAGGUUGAGCGUAUUAACCGGUGGCGCCGCGAAGGAAGCGUCAUGAAAGCUUCCAUGGAGAAAUCUCAGGCCAUGGUCAAGGAUUUCGAACAGGAAAUCAGCCAAUUGGAGCAUGAGAGACAAUUGAAACAGAGAUCCAUUGGCAACAUGGAGUGUUGGUCCAAUGUGCAAAAAGAAAAAGAGGAGGUAUCAACUGCUAACGAUAUCAUGUAA